GUGAUACAAGUACAAAGGGCUUCGUUUCCCAACCCCCACUGCUCCCUCCUCCUGUGAAGAUUCUAGACAUCUCGAUCCUCUGCUGUUCCCCAAGACAUACAAAAACCUGCCCUCAUCAUUUUAUCUCGUCGACUUAUCCCUCAACCAUCAAGAAGACGCAAACCAACAAAACCACACUCAAACAUCCAGUACCUCCCCAUCUCACUAGAUCCACACAUACCUAGACACAACAGACCGCCACAAUGGGUGCAGUCGUCUCCUGCUUUGAAUCACUCUGCCAGACCAUCGGCUCCGUGCUGAUGGCCAUUGUCAACGGCAUCGGCGCCAUCAUCACCGCCAUCGUCAACGGCAUCGUCUCCUUCUUCGACAUCAUCAUCUCCUGCCUCACCUGCGGCCGCCGUACGCGGAGACACCGCACCAGGACCACUCGUAGGCAUCAUACAACGAGUACUAUCUGAUCGACGGACUCUCUCGCGAACCCGAAGGAGACGGUGGGGGAGAAGACAGGAGAGAGUCCACACUACGGAAGCAUGAUCAGAUGACGCAGAUGAGGAGGCAUGGGCUGAUUGGAGAGAGGGAGAGAAAGAGAGACAUCACUUCCACAGUUACCUGAUUUCCUUUCCUUCAGACGAAAACGUGGCUUGGACAGACCAGACCAGGAGAGAAGACCUCCCACAUUUGCACUACCGCAUAAUACCUCUGUACUAUUAGUACCACGAUACCCGAGGCGCUCUCCGCGGCGCUGUCUAGCAUAGAGAACGAAUGAUGA